AUGGUGAAUGAAAUUAAGAAAACUGAGGAUAAGGUCAUCAGUACAUUAGGUGACAUUAAACGAGCAAUUUCAGAUUUUACAGACAUGUUUGCAGACAUGAAGGAGAACAUAACCGACGAAAUGUUAAAGAGAAGUGACGAGAUAGAAAGAAGAGAAGACUCCUUCAAGAAAUUGUUUGAGGAGACAAGAAUAAACCUCACGAGUGACUUGGAAGCUAAAACAGAAGAACUUACUGAACUGCAAGGUAAAAUUGAACGACCUCCGAUUGCUUUCCAUGCACAUCACGUCGUAGAUUUGGUUCUUGAUACUACAGAUGAGAUAAUUAUAUUUACGAAAAAUGUGAUUAACGAGGGAACAGGUUACGACACUUCUACUGGGAUAUUUACAGCACCUGUUGGAGGACUGUACCAGUUUUCUGUGCAUACAUGUGAUUAUAUGGUAAAACAUGCUUUUAUUGGUCUAGUGUUGGAAGGUAAAGUUAUUGCAGCAGAUUCAAACUAUGAUAAGGAUUAUUACACCUGUAGUACUGUUGGGGCAAUAGUGAGAGUAAGGUCAGGAGAAAAAGUUUGGGUCAAAUCAACAGCGUCAGGUUCUAACCGCCAGCUGAUUGAAGACGUAUAUAGGAUGAACACAUUUAGUGGAGUACUUGUCAAUAACUGA